AUGCCAAUGAAUACCGCUAAUAAUCAAGAGUCAGAAGGGAUCUGGAACAGUGAGUUAAGAACUGCAUUCAAUGAUUUUAAAAAACGCCGUCGAUCGCUUCCAACUCCUCCGGAAGUUGAAAUCGCGGUUAAUACUCCUAAAAAACAAAAACAUUAUGCAAGAAGGAACGUCAACGGCAACAAAUUUAUCAGAAAUAAAAUUAAUCCAGUCGACAUAAAUCAUACUGUUAUGCAUGAAAAAAAUGAUUUUCUACCUGAUACGAAUAUGAGAAAUUCUACGAUGUCAGAACGGUUCGUAAGUAUGGAUACAUCAGAAUCGGGUCUUGACUUAACUGAAGUACAAUGUGACGAGUUUGAUAGAAAUCUCGCCAGUACAUUGGAAAUGAUUAAAAAAAAAGAGGAUCCACAUUUAAUUUUGGAGAAACUCGUCUCUCAAUUGUCUGACAACAACAAAAAGACUCAGGAAUCUAUCCACAAAAUGAGCAAUGAUUAUGUCUCUCGCUGCAAUUACUUAAAUGACCAAUUAGUAAAGCUGGAAAAUAGUGUUAUUAAGAAAAUCAAUUAUGUAAUCGAAAAAAAUGACGAGAGGGUAAAAGCUCUUGAAAUUACCCAAAAAUGCUCCAAUGAGAAUAAUAUUAUCUGGUUGAGCUUCACCGAUCCAAAAGAAAUAGAUGAUUUGCGAGUGAAAACUAAAAGUGAGUUAAUCAGAGACACCAAAAAAAUCUUCUCUAGAAUGGACAUCCAGUUGAAUAGCGUAAAUCGAGUAAUUAUUGAUGUUUUCAUUAACAAGGUUUCUAUUAAAACCAGCAAUGGCUACGAUAACGAAUUAAUUAUGGGAGUUAAGUUUAUAAGUUCCGGGGUUGUCCGAGACCUAAAACGACUAGCCUUUAGCUAUGCCAGAGAGCAAUUCAUCUCAAAACAUUACGACGCAAUACGAUAUAUUAUAAGAGAUAACUGGAGUGUUGAUAUCUGGAAACUGCUCCGUGUAUGCUAUGACCUCACUAACUUUAAACUUAUACAAAAGGCUCAUGUGAGUGACGCUGGAAUAAUGGUAUACUAUAAUAACUCUGAGAACCCGCCCGAUAGCAAUACUACUAUUAAAGAAAGCCAUAAAACAUUAAUACGAACCGAGUCUGACUUGGAUGAACUUAGAUCGUCCAUUAAAGAUGUUGGUCUCGAAAUGUCUGCAUUUCAAUUCUACAACAGCGAAUAUUUCAAGCUGAAUGCAAUGGAACGUAAUAACUAUAAGCAAGGCUUUAUUAAGGAGUCAUCCGUUCUCAACAACAUAAAUUCAGACACCACCGCAACUAACUCGAAUAAUUGCGGUAUCAAUGUUCAAGCAAAUUGA